CUUCCCUGGGAGCCUCCUCCCCUGAAGCUGCUAUCUCUGCUUCCUGGAAGCCAGCUGCCCAGGCUCAGGUCCCUGGCGCACGUGGAUCUGAGCCCGGACCCUGCACAGACCCUGUCUACUGUCUGCUGCCCGUGCCACCGGGCCUCGUCUGGCGUCAUGGAGACGGUGACAUUCAAGGAUGUGGCUGUGCGCUUCACCAAGAAGGAGUGGGGCCUCUUGGACCCCCCUCAGAAGGAGUUGUACAAGGAGGUCAUGCUGGAGAAUGCCCGGAACCUGCUCUCCCUGGGUCUUCCAGUUCCCAGAGAAGAUGUGAUCUCUUAUUUGGAGCCAAGGGAAGCACCAGGGAUGCUGGAGCAAGAAGGCCUGAGGCACUGCUCUGCAGAAGGAGAGAUCAGACUUGAAAUGAAGGAGAGUAGUGCAGAGCUAAGCCUUUCUCUGGAAGAAACUCACAAGCAAAGACUCACAAGUGACAGUCCCUGUGACUUCUCUUGGAGAGAAAUCUGUGCCACACAUCAGAGAAUCCCCACUGGAGAGAAACUGUAUGACUGUAAUCAAUGUGAAAAGACUUUCAGAUCCAGUGGCCAUCUUGCAGCCCAUCAGAGAAUUCAUACUGGAGAGAAACCUUAUGAAUGUAAUCAGUGUGGAAAGGCUUUUAUACAGAAGUCUAGUCUUAAUGGGCAUCAGAGAAUCCACACUGGAGAGAAACCUUAUGAAUGUAAGCAAUGUGGAAAGGAUUUUAGAAAGAGGUCUAAACUUAAUGUGCAUCAGAAAAUCCACACUGAAGAGAAACCUUAUGAAUGUAAGCAAUGUGGAAAGACUUUUAAACAGAGGUCUACUCUUCAUGUGCAUCAGAGAAUCCACACUGGAGAGAAACCUUAUGGAUGUAAGCAAUGUGGAAAGGCUUUUCCAAUCAGGUCUAAACUUAAUAUGCAUCAGAGAAUCCACACUGGAGAGAAACCUUAUGAAUGUAAGCAAUGUGGGAAACUUUUUACAAUCAAGUCUAGUCUUACUGUGCAUCAAAGAAUCCAUACUGGAGAGAAACUUUAUGAAUGUAAGCAUUGUGGAAAGGCUUAUACUACCUGGUCUAAUUUUGAACAACAUCAGAGAAUCCACACUGGAGAGAAACCUUUUGAAUGUAAUCAGUGUGGAAAGUCUUUUACAAUAAAGUCUGAAUUAAAUGUGCAUCAGAGAAUCCACACUGGAGAGAGACCUUAUAAAUGUAAGCAAUGUGGGAAGGCUUUUAUAAACAGUUCUAAACUUAAUUUGCAUCGGAGAAUCCACACUGGAGAGAAACCUUAUGAAUGUAAGCAAUGUGGAAAGGUUUUUACAAGCAGGUCUAUUCUUAAUGUGCAUCAGAGAAUCCAUACUGGAGAGAAACCUUAUGAAUGUAAGCAAUGUGGAAAGGCUUUUUCACAGAAAUCUAGUCUUAAUGUACAUCAGAGAAUCCACACUGGAGAAAAGCCUUAUGAAUGUACUCAGUGUGGAAAGGCUUUUUCAGAUGGGUCUGUUCUUAAUGGGCAUCGGAAAAUCCACACUGGAGAGAAACCUUAUGAAUGUAAGCAAUGUGGAAGGGCUUUUGCAAUGAGAUCUACUCUUAAUGUGCAUCAGAGAAUCCACACUGGAGAGAAACUGUAUGACUGUAAUCAAUGUGAAAAGACUUUCAGAUCCAGCUCCAAUCUUGCUGCCCAUCAGAGAUUUCAUACUGGAGAGAAAGCUUAUGAAUGUAAUCAGUGUGGAAAGGCUUUCAAAUAUAAGAACAGUCUUGCUACACAUCGUAAGAUCCAUACUGGAGAGAAACCUUAUGAAUGCAAUCAGUGUGGAAAGACUUUUACACUGAGGUCUAGUCUUAAUGUGCAUCAGAGAAUCCACACUGGAGAGAAACCUUAUGAAUGUAAGCAAUGUGGUAAGGCUUUUAGAAACAGGUCUAAACUUAAUAUGCAUCAGAGAAUCCACACUGGAGAGAAACCUUAUGAAUGUAAGCAAUGUGGAAAGGCUUUUACUACCUCAUGUAAUUUUGAUCAACAUCAGAGAAUCCACACUGGAGAGAAACCUUAUGAAUGUAAUCAAUGUGGAAAGACUUUUACACAGAAGUAUAGUCUUAAUAUGCAUCAGAAAAUCCACACUGGGGAGAAACCAUUUGAAUGUAAACAAUGUGGAAAGGCUUUUAGAAACAGGUCUAAACUUAAUAUGCAUCAGAGAAUCCACACUGGAGAGAAACCUUAUGAAUGUAAGCAGUGUGGAAAGGCUUUUAGAAAGAGGUCUGGUUUUACUGUGCAUCAGAGAACCCACACUGGUGAGAAACCUUAUGAAUGUAAGCAAUGUGGAAAGGUUUUUACAAUGAGGUCUAGUCUUACUGAGCAUCAGAGAAUCCACACUGGAGAGAAACCUUAUGAAUGUAAGCAAUGUGGGAAGGCUUUUACACAGAAAUCUAGUCUUACUGUACAUCAGAGAAUGCACACUGGAGAGAAACUUUAUGAAUGUAAGCAAUGUGGAAAGGCUUAUAGAAAGAAACACUCUCUUGUUCAACAUCAGAGGAUCCACACUUUGGAGAAACCUUAUGAAGGUAAUUGAUAUGGAAAGACUUUUACACAGAACUCCCAUCUUACUCAACAUCAGAGAACCCUCUCAGGAGAGAAACCUCAUGAAUGUGGAAAGAGUUUUACUCAGUGAGACACUCUUGCUCAGCAUCAGAGAAUCCACAGUGGAGAGAAACCAUAGGAAUGUAAUCAAUAUGGAAAGGUUUUUACAUGGAGAGAUACUUUUGCUCUACAUCAAAGAAUCCACAUUGAGAGCAAUUAUGCCCGAAGAAUUAUUAAACUGCCUAUAGCCUUUGAACCAGCAAUAUCACUAUACUAUCUCUUCACAAACAUGAUUUGAGAAAAAUUCUCUUUGUACUACAAAAGAACUGGAAAUUGCAGAGGUGCUAUCAAUUGGGGAAUGGUUGGUCACAUUGUAAUAUACAACUGUGAAGGAAUACCACUGUGCUAUAAGAAAUAAUGAGCUUGGGUUUUGGAAAACAUGGGAAAAUUUGCACAAAAUAAUGAAGAGGAGAAUAAGCAGAACUAGGAGAAUUUUGUGUAUAGCAAUGCUGUUAAGUCAUUUUGACUGUUAUAUAUACCCAAAUUAACUACAAAGGAUAUGAAGACAAUAUUUGAGAAAAAGAUUAUUUUGUUAUUACAUUAAUAAUGAUUUUUAUAUAUGGGUCCCAAAUAUCCUCUCCUUUUUGCUUAACUAUUCAAAACCUCUUCUCUCAAGAACGUUGCUGAUGUUGCCCAAAGAAUUCACUCCACCCACACCAUCUUAUCUAAGUGGAAUUCUUACUCUAGCCUCACCAGGUAGGACUAGGUGGAAAAUAGAUGCUUUUGUAUAGAUUGCUGGAGGUGACAUGAUCUAGGAGAGUGCUGACAAAAUCAGUUAUGUCUCUCAGUCCCUCCUGGGUAAAAGCUCACCUCAUAAUAUUCAUUCUCUAUUAUUGUGCUAUAAGAAAUAACAAGCAGAAAGGCCUGGAAAGACUUGUGUGAACUGAUGUAUAGUGAACUGAGCAGAACCAAGAGAACACUAUGC